AAUAUUACAUGGAGGUGGGUUUGAUAUAAACAAUUUUAAGGACCUUAAAUGACAAAAAAUUUAAUGUUAUUUUAUAUUAAAAAAAGAGAGAAACAAAAGAAGGUUUCAAAAUGGAUUUUGGAUUUGACUGCACUCUAUUUUAUUGGUGAGCCAUUUGUUGAGUCCUUGUAGUAAUCCCCAUUAAAUGUCUAAAACCAGAAGAAAGCAUGGAAGCAUUGCAUUGUGCAUGUUCAAAAAGACUGAAUUUGUUAGGAAACAUGUGCAGCCUCCUUUAGCAUUUGUACAAUUUGUCUCAGUCCAAACAUGUGACACCAGAGACAGAAAUGUGUGUCCAACAUGCUGGGAUAUGCUUCAUAGCUUUAAUCAAACUAAAAAAAUACAUGGCCGAUGCUUAGCUUUUAAAUGUCGCUGAACAAAAUUUCUCGACAAUUUCCAUCACGUAAAGUUACAUUCCAGACCUCAUAGAGACGCGGCCUGAUAAGGCCGUCUUGUGUACAAACAGGUUUUCUGUCUCUGGCAGUCUUUUAGCACAAGUGUUUUGGUGAUGCCUCUAUAAGAUACACUUCACAGUUUCACCUUAGUUUACGGCUGAGUCGACUCUUUUUGUUAUCUCCUCGCUUUACAAUAAGUGUCCCUUUUAACUCCUUUGCAUUCUUUAAAUGGUUUUACAACAAUCUGAUAAGCUGGAAGGGAUCCAGCUUCUGUAAGUCGUCAACUCAUUCACACAUUUGGUGGACUGAAUUAAAGAAAAGAGCCUAGUGUCUUGUUUUGGAACAAAAAAAAAUGAGAGAAAGAGGCAGAUGGUUUUCAUUAGCCCUUGCUAAGUAAGUGUGCAUGUGUGUGUGUGUGUGUGUGUGUGUGUGUGUGUGUGUGUGUGUGUGUGUGUCUUGAUAAAACGGGGUUGUCUUCCAUUUGUUUUUCCUAACUUCUGUUUUUUAUGAGGAUGGAUGCGAGUAGUCUUCUGACACAGAUUGCCUAACACUAGUUACACAUCUGAUGGCUCAUUUAGAUUUGUCCAAAGGUUGAAUGACCAUUUCACUGCCAUUUUUAACAAAUUACAGACUAUCUUCUACCACCUUUCUAGAGAUGUCUUGAACUAAGACAAUCUUAUGUUCUGAAUUUGUGGAUUCAUAGCUGUUUUGGUCAAACAUUGAAAAGAAUGUUAUGUGUGAUGUGUUAGAGCUUGCAGAAUAUGUUGGGGGUGAGUCAACUAUUGCAACAUCAAACUUCCGCUUAAUACCCUUUUAGAAGACACACCAUGCCGACACACCAGCGUAAUACUGCUGCCACCGUGUGUCUUAAUGAGCUGUGGCAGUAUGGCGAUGAGACAAUUUUGAGGCAUUCGUGCCUCCAUGUUUGGUAGUGAUAUUGCCGCAAUGCCAGACUUUUGAAUGCAUUUUACGCCUUGGCGCAACAAAGGACGGUGUCAUGAUCAUGUGGGGAGCCACUGCCGAGCUCCGGCUGGCUUUAAUAUUGAAAAUUAAAGUGAACACUGGCUGUAAGUUUCACUUUUGUAAACAAAACCAGAUGAGAUGCUAAACUGGAGCGAUGCAGAGCACUGGGAGCUUCUCUGUUGUAGUUGGAGCUCAGAUCACCAGAGACUGCACCGGGACAGUGGAGGACAGACACCUUUAGGAGAGGUUUGUUAAAAGAAAACGUAAUGAACGUUCAAUCACAAUAAAAAGCAAAUUAUGUACUAGAUUAAUGGAAGUCCACAGCAGCGCAAAGCCCCCCCCCCCAACCUCCUUUAUAUGGUCAUCACAUAAUCUUGUAAAAAGGACACGAUUGCGCCUUAUUACCUCCACUGUCUGAUCACUUAUAACCCACCUAAGGCUCCCUGUUGCCAGCUCAGCAUUGCGUCAACUUGGCGGCAUUGUUUUAUAAAAAAGGCUUGAGUCAUUUUUGUAUGGGGGGUGUCCUUGAACUGAGUUCAGUCCAAAUGUAAGCCUAUACCCCAUCUUUCCACCAGAUGUGAAAGCGUUGCUUAAUGCCCUCAAAAUGUACUUCACAACAGCAAUUAGCCACCGUUAUACGGGACAAGUACUUUUCCAUUGGACAUAAAGCAACAUGGAGGCUGAGCGUGAAAAUAGUUUUCUACACAUAUCUCCUGAUUUAGACGGCUUGGCGUUCCCACCUCACUUAUAGAAAGAGCCACGACUUACCGUGCAAAAAUAAGUAAAUAACACAUCUACACUGACAUUUUCCAUACUUUUGUGUUGAGAUUGUGUAACUCAUCAUUUGUGUGCCUCCACCAGGAUCGCGCAGAUAAAUCCUAAACACUCCAACGUGUCUUCUGCUAAAACAUUUGACAUUCACGGACAUGUUACAAGUUUCUUGAUCGUUAUUUUUUCCAGUGAGGUAAGAAACUCUUUGAUGACAUACCCCCCACCCCCAAACACACACACACACACACACACACACACACACACACACACACACACACACACACACGCACGAACGCACACACACACACACACCUUCUCUGAUGGCUGGCGGCACUGAGAUGUCCACCCGUACAGACAAAAGUGAUCACCCUACUGACUAUAUAAUAAAGGCUGUUGGUUUAUGCCUGUGUUUUGUUCAUUUUUCUUCUACUGUAAUUUAUUUCCAUUAGUAACUGGCCUGCAGCAAGUAAUUUAUCACUGUUAAAAGAAACCCUACCCCUUUAAAAUACCUGCCGAAGAAGAAUUAGGAUCUUUUUGUUUAUGUGUGUUUAUGUGUUUAUUUAUUCAGCAGACGCUUUUAUCCAAAGCGACUUACAAUUUAUAUCCUAUAGGGCAUGUUGUGAUCUGUGGGGGAAACCGGAGUACCCGAAGGAAACCCACACAUGCAUGGGGAGAACACGCAACUCCACGCAGAAAGGCUGCAGCCGAGUUUCGAACCUGCAACCUUCUUGCUGCGAGGCAGCAGUGCUAACCACUGCGCCACCAUGCAGCUUUUUGGGCGGGAGGGUGGUUUCUUUGACAAACCUAAAUUUGGAGCGGUUUAUACAUAAGGCUACAGACAGUUUUUCAAAGUAAAAUUUAACCAAACAAAACAAAAAGUCAUUUCUUCAAUGCGGGAAAAUUUGUAGCUUUUUAUUUUGCUCCUUCAGUAGUAACAAGUCUAGUUCUAAACCAAACAGCCUUCCUGCCUGGAGAUUCUUCAGUCAAAUCUUAUCAAGUGUGGAGCCCCAUUUGUGGGUCAGUGACAUGAAAACUUUCAAACAGGGCCCUGCUGUUGAUAAUCAAAAGCUCCAUUCCAUUGCUGGUCCUCCUACUUCACUUCCCUCCGCCCUGCCUCCACCUUUUCUCUGUUAUCUUUCUGUCAGAGUCCUGGAAAUGCUCUUAGAAAACCGGAAAAGCAGAGCUCAGCUUUCAAAAUAAAAACAUGCAGUUCUGUUUUCAGCUUAAAUCAAGAGAUCGUUAGUCACAUGAUUGUCCUGGCCAAGAGGACUAAUAUGGCUCAGUUAGAUUGAAUCUCCCCCCCCCCCCCCAUGCCACCCCUGCAAAAAAUGUAUUAUUGAAACCUGUCACCCAACACUUGUAGCAUCGUGACUCUUUCUUUAUUUUUAUUUUUUUGCAAAACAACCCAUGCUUGUAAUCAAAAAAAGAAGUGAAUUAAUUAGGAUGGAUAUACAAAUACAACAUUGAUGCAAUUAUUAAGCACAUUAUUGCUAUUACUGUCUCAUUUGAAUACAAAUAAUUUCAGUUAUGGUUGAAAAAUAAAACACUACGAGAAAAAUAAAAAGGUCCUUGUUCUGACGGUGUGUUCAAACAACAACAUUUUUUGACAUCUGCGGGUCAGGUCUUUAAUAUAAUUUCUACAAUAAAUAAACAUAUGAAUGUUCCUUUUUUCAUGCAACAACAUUUAUAUAAUAUGAGCUAGUAAUAAUAAUGUAGAAAAACACAAUUUUUAAAGAAACGUUUUGAUGUAGGUGUCUGUAUUAGAUUCAGGGCAUGCUUCAACAAUAUAUAGGAAUAAAAACUGUUUUUAACAUACCAGUUAAAGGGUUAAUUUGAUAAUUAUAUAAUAUCUGCGUAAGAUUCAAUGCGUGUUUUUAGCGGUAUUCUAGUUAUAUAAACGUCAUGGUUUAAAUUGUGAAUAAGAAUUAGAAACGGGGGUUUAUUUUGAAAAUCUGCACCGGAAAUCUGGUGGUAGCGGCGCUGACUCGACCGAAGCGUCUCUGCCUUCGGUCUCAGCAUCCGUCUUCAGCAGAACGCACGGCGCGCGCAGAAUGGAUCCUUUUGACGCACCGCGGUGUGUUUUUGUCACACGUUUUGUUUCGUGACACGCUUUUAUUGUCAUUAUUAAUAAUAUUAUUUAGGGGUUUUAACAGAAAAACAAAUACACGCGCUUCGGCUGUGAGUUGUAGUUUCAAAAAUAAAAGCCUGAACCUCAUCCUUGAAUAUAAACGAGAGAAGACUUUUGGAGACUUUCUUCCCACAACGUUUCUGGACUUUUUGAUAUUUUUUUAUUCCUCCUUCACAUUUUGUGCGUUUAUUUAUGUGGAUAUUUAUUCUGGGACAAUGGGGGACUCCGUGUUUCUCGACAGGCAGAACUCAUAUCUUGGAGACUUCACUUGGAGCAGCCUGUCGGGCCGGAGCGUACGCCUGACCCCUGUGGAUAUCCAGAGCCUGUCGGAGUUGGAGAGGAUCAGGCUGCAGGAAGUAGCCUACACCCGCUUGGUUCAGGACUAUGACUUGGGUUGUCAGAUAACCAUCCCAAAAGAUGGACAGAAGAGGAAAAAGUCUCUGAGAAGGAAGCUGGACUCCCUAGCAAAAGAAAAGAGUAAGGACAAAGAAAGCAUACCCCAGGCUUUUAGCAUACCCCUCUCCCAGGUCAUUGCUAAUGACAGAACACACAGGCAGCGACAGGAUGGCUAUCGUCAGGACCAUUCACAGAGAGAGGAGCACAAGGACUCCUCUGACCUCGUCUCGUCUAUUUUACAAUUUGCUACCAAGCGCCCAUCCAACAAAGAGUUGUCCAGCAGUAACUCCUCUCUGAGUUCCACGUCGGAGACAACCAACGAGUCGACAUCACCGAACACCCCCGAAUCUGCACCGCGAGCUUGCAGGAGGGGUGGCAUGUCUGUGGACUCCAUCACAGACCUGGAUGACAACCAGUCGCGCCUCCUGGAGGCAUUGCAGCUCUCCUUGCCGGCUGAGACGCCCAGCAAAAAGGAAAAACACAGGGAUAAAAGGCUGAGCCUCAACCCUAUCUACCGGCAGGUUCCCCGCGUGGUCGACAGCUGCUGUCAGCACCUCGAGAAAUACGGUUUGCAGACUGUGGGAAUUUUUAGAGUAGGAAGCUCCAAGAAGAGAGUCAGACAACUGCGUGAGGAAUUUGAUCGCGGUGUGGACGUCCAGCUAGAUGAGGAGCACAGCGUUCACGACGUGGCGGCUCUGCUAAAGGAGUUCCUCAGGGACAUGCCCGACCCUCUUCUGACCAAGGAGCUCUACUCGGCCUUCAUUAACACCACAUUGUUGGAUUCAGACGAACAGCAGAGUGUGAGCCAGCUUCUGCUCUAUCUGCUCCCAGCAUGCAACAGCGACACUCUUCACCGGCUGCUUGAGUUCUUGUGCACGGUGGCUAACCAUGCCAAUGACCAGCUGGCCAAUGAUGGUCAAGAGAUACCAGGGAACAAGAUGACUUCUUUAAACCUUGCCACCAUCUUUGGCCCAAAUCUCCUUCACAAGCAGAAGAAUUCAGACAAGGAGUUCAGUGUCCAGAGUUCAGCCCGAGCUGAGGAGAGCACUGCUGUCAUCGCCGUACUGCAGAGGAUGAUUGCUAGCUACCAAAUGCUAUUCAUGGUGCCCCCUGACUUGCAAAAUGAAGUUCUGAUGAGUCUGUUGGAGACUGAUCCAGACGUGGUUGAUUACCUCCUCAGGAGAAAAGCGUCACAGACUCCUGACAUUUUGCAGUCCGAGGAACCCUUCAACCUAAACAAGCGACAUUCAUCCAGUGACUCCAACAAGGCGUCCAGUGGCGAGGUGUCUCCUUAUGACAAUAACUCUCCAGUUCUGAGCGAACGCAGAGGGGAACUGGGGAGCCCCGCCAACGAUCAACAGCAGUAUUCUGUUGUAGGGCAGGAAGCCGGACUUGACUCUUGGGGUUCCAAAGAUGACCAUGCUAAUAUUUGGGGCACAUGGCACAGUACUCUCAAACCAGCACUCAAGAACCAGCCGUGUACAGGUUUCCAUAGCAACAUGUCAGAGGAAAGCUCACCCAGCUCGCAGGAGGGUCUUGAUGGACUCCAUGGUGAUGUCAAGCCUCCUGCAUUGGCACAAUGGACUCAUCCAAUACCUGGCAACCCAGAGUGUAGACUGCACCCACCAGUCACCAGAGUGCGUAGCGGUCCGAGUUCAGAAACAGGGCGACCACGCCUGAAGCUGAGCAUCAACGCCUCUGCGUCACCCCACCUGAACAGCACCUCACAAGGUCCGCUGCGAGCGACUGGACAAGGGGUCAAUGACGGCCGCUCUCCUCCCCCGUACAAUGCCCACCACCUCCUGGCCAACUCGCUGAGUUCCCCUCAGCUCACGUUGCCUCAGCAGCCCCAUCCGCAGCACGCCAGACUGAGUGACUCACCCUCAACAAGACUGAUGCCACAGAGUCCAGAGUGGAGGGACUGGCAGAGGGACCGGUACCACAUCUGGCAGCUACUAUCUUCAGACAAUGCCGACACGCUCCCGGAAACUCUUGUGUGAUCUGACUCGGAAAUUCAGCUGAACGCAAUCGCUCCUCGCUCUCAUUGCUUGGCUUGCCUUUACUCGUGUUUCCUUCUCUACACUUUUUGCUCUUUCGCAUCCUAUCACCACGGUGUUGUUUACAUGUGCAGCUGCUGCGUCAUACGGACAUCUACGAGCCACAAGUAUUUCUUUUUUUUUAUUAACUUUAAAGAUGCAGCUUCAGUCCCUUUUAUUUGCCUUCGUGUUUUGUCCAUCUUCUCUUUGUGUUACGGAGCAUUGUUUAAAAAAUGCCCACCAAAAAUACCUCAUUCUUUCUACUUCGAUUAAAUGUUACAUAUAAUACUUUGCGUCAUUUUUAUUUUCUGCGUUUCACUUUUCAGACUCUGCGAUGUUCGCUUCAGUAAAUGCUGCUAAACAUUAUCUGUGCAUUUUGGUAAAUAAGAUCAAAUGGUGAAAUUACAUUGGACUGUACAUUAUGUGUAUACUCAAUAUGUCGACGGACAUUCAUAAAAAGUUAAGCAUCUGUUAAAAUGUUAAAUAUGUUUAAAAAUCUAUAAGUCGGACAUUUAAUCGUGUUGUUUCAAUCUUUAAAUUUGAAUGUAAACCGCUUCACUUAUGGCUUCAUGUUCUAUGUAAAAAAAGCGCUUAUUUGUACGUUUGUUCAAGUUUCUUUGUUCUCUUUUCGCCUUUUCGACUGCAGGAAGUUUGUGCCAAAGCCAACUUUUGUCACAACAGGAAGUUUGCCACAGAAUUAGAUUUAUAUUAGGACUCUGUUUGUUAAAACGGUUAAAAGCUUGUUGCUUCAAGUUUGUAUAAAAAUCAAGAAAUGUGGCAAAAUCGUAAAUUCAAUUUGGAAUAUCCAGCCUCACUGAAGCUAAACUAAAAUGUGCAUGAUAAAUUUUGACAUGGGGAUGACCAAAUGUGAGGGGGAAAAAAAAAAAAUAUAUAUAUAUAUAUAAAUUGUGUUUUGUUAUAUUUUUUCGUACAAUCUGUUUUCUUUUUUCAGCCAAAAUUAUGUUGAAAACCUACCAAUGUUUGGAACCACUAUUAAACUUCUUUUAAAGGCACUUUAAUUUAUUGUCCAACUACAACAAUAUAAUAAAAUAAAUCCUCAUCAUUCACCAUAUUUCCUUCAAAUUAACAUUUGCUAAAAUUUUUUUAGUUGUCUUGUUAUAGAAGUUGGUGUUUGGGCCCCUCAUCAAAACUAAAAUUGUUUAUUUCCAUACUUUUGGUGCCAUCUGCUGUCAGAAAACACACAUUAGCUUGUUUCUGCUUCUCUCUGUUACCCGUUUCCAUGGAAACCCACCUGUUUUGUGCUCGGCAUGUGAAAAGAAGCACCUUCUGUGAAAACUCAAAUCUUUUUGGGAAAUAAUUUUUCCAUAUAGGUCCUGCUUUAAAAGACCCACCAGGUGUCACACAAUAGCUUUUUAAAUAUGUUGUAAUAUUAAAUAUAUUAACCUAUCAGUUUUUAUUAAAAAGAUAUGUGAGAAAGUAACCCUCAUGGUCCUAGUUUAAUCUCCAAUCAUGAUGUCAUGAAUCUUUGUGUUGUUGACGUUGUUACGAAUCUAUCAGAAAUGUUACGUUUUUGUGAGUUUUAUUGGCCCAAAUUGUAAAGAAGUUUUUGGUUUCUGCUUUUUGUACUGCGUACAACAUCGUACAUCGUCAACAUACGGUAAAAUGCUACAGUUGAAUUAAACAUAAUAACGUUUACAACA